AUGGAAGAGAUUAAUGAGCUGGAACAAUUAGAUGAGUUGCUGCGUGCAGAUCUUAGUGAAGAAAGCCAAAAUACAUUAACAAGUGGUUCAAACAUCCGCGAAGUGAAUAUAUUUGAAUCAAACAAUGUUAUUGAAGAAGACUUGAGUAAAAAUAUAGCAACAAAAUCUGCUGUUCAUAAUGGAGAUACUGAUUCGUCCGAUGAUGAAGAAAAAAGGAAUUACACCGAACGAAAAUAUAACGACUAUGGAAGUCAAAUAAAGAAAAAAUUAGAUCAGCAAGAAGAAGAUCAAAUAGACCGUAGAAUAGAAUUUCAAAGUAGACUUCGGCAGGCAAAUGCUGAAGUAAAACAUGGUUAUAAAGGUUCCUUUUCUAAAAAACCUGAACCAGAUUCUGAUCUCAUCAAAAACAAAUUUUGCGUGCCUGAAAUUAAAACCAAGGCAUCCUCUGAUGUAUUCAGUGAUCCUAUAUUUGGUAUAAGGAUAACUAAGCCUUUGAUAUCUAGCAGUGCAUUAUUAGAACGAAUGCAAGGACGAGAAGCUGUAAAUAUGAUCAGAUUGAAGAGAUAUGUAGAAAAUGAAGAUUUGUCUAAAGAUUGGGUAGUAGCUGGAGUAAUUGUAAGAAAAAGCUCUGCUAAAAAAUCACAAAAAGGAAAUAAUUUUAUUGUGUGGACACUGAGUGAUUUAAAAGAUGACUUAAAAACUAUGUCUAUGUUUUUAUUCCGCAAAGCAUAUAAUGAUCUAUGGAAAACAACAGAGGGGACAGUAGUAGCCGUAUUAAAUCCAAAUGUAUUAGAUAGAUCUCAAAAUUCAGCAGAUCAAGCUUGUUUAAGUGUGGAAAGCCCUGACAGAGUAAUGAUUCUAGGACAAUCAAAAGACUUAGGCUUAUGUAGGAGUAAGAAAAAAAAUGGUGAACCAUGUACUGCAUUUGUAAAUUUAAGCCAAUGUGAACACUGUAUAUAUCAUAUAAAGCAAGAAUAUCAAAAAUAUUCUCGAAGGCAAGAACUCCAAUCCUCAACAAUGGGUAAAGGUCUUGUUAAUUUACAGAACAAAGUAUAUGGUAAGAGUACAUUUAUUUAUGGAGGCAAAUCAUAUGCAGCUCUACCGACCAGUAAUCACAAAAAAGUUAAAGAUAAAGAUCAAAACAGGUUAAUGUCUUUAAGUGACUAUUUUAAAUCAGAGGGAGAGAGUUUGAUGACUAAUAAAGUUCCUUAUGGGGCCGGCCCACUAAGAAAUAAUAAUGACAUAUUACAUAGCCCUACAACUCAAAAAUUAACAGAUUCACAGAGACUAAGUAAUUUAUCGAAUUCUAACACAAACAAUCAAUCAUUUUCAAGCUCAAAAAGUCAAAGUUUAGCCCAAAAAGUAGCAAACUCACCAACCUUAGGUAAAGGCUUUGGACUAAAAGGCAGUGGGGUAGUGGAUUUAAACAUGUCAUAUGGUCAAAAAUCUGCAGAGAAGGCAAAACUAAAUGCUAUAAGACUGAUCCAAGAAAAGGGAGGCUUAACAAAACAAGAUCCCAAUAAUAUAAAAGGUACUCAAAUUGGUAAGAAAAGAGCGUUAGAAAAGUUAAACUCUUCGGGUGAUGAUGAAAAUGAUUCUAAAAAAACAAAACUAAAUGAAGACGGAACCUCUAAGCCUAAUAAAUUAAAAGGAGUAAUGUCAGAGAGAUUUAAAAAGAUAUUGGAAGCAUCAUCUAUCCAUCAAAAUUUAAUAAAACAACAUGAGGAUGACGAACAAGAGAAAUAUUUUAGUAAACUGGAGAAAAAAGAGGCAAUGGAAGAAAAAAUGCUUAAUACAUUUAAACUAGCUUGUAAAGCAGUUAGAUGUGCUAAAUGCAAAUACACAGCUUUUUCUGCGGCACAAAUCUGUAAAGAUGAGAGACAUCCUCUUAAAGUACUGGAUACUUUUAAAAGGUUCUUUAAAUGUGCAGAUUGUAACAAUAGAACUGUUUCUUUAGAACUUUUGCCUUUACAUUCGUGUAGCAAGUGUAGUGGGUCACGGUGGGUAAAAGCACCUAUGCUUAGAGAGAAAAAGACAAUGACAGCCUCAGACAGGUUAUCCAUUAGAGGUGAAGAGGAAACGUUUAUUGGUGGUGCAGUGACUUCCGGUAAAAAUAUAGACUUAUUGGUCCCAGAG